CCGGAAGAAGGGUCUCCUCCAUGCCAAAGCACUUUGUGACAUGUUAUUGUUUACAGUUUAACAGUGACACAGCACCGGCUGUCAACACCCGGAGACCUCGGCCUGUUACUAGGAGAUUUAUAUUUGCUGCCUUAUUUAUUACUUUUCUUUAUAAGUGGUGUGUAGCCUGUGUUUAUAUCUGUGACAGUCCCGCUUUUUAUUAAAGUUUUGUUUUCUCGCCGGCGGCCAGCUCCUGGUGGAUGUGAGUCAGCUAACUUUGUGCUAGGCUAGCUACAGCUGUCAUUUUGAAGAAAUCCCUUUGUGUCAUCAUGGACCAAAGUGUCUCUUACCCAGUGAAACUGUACAUUUACGAUCUGUCCAGAGGCAUGGCCCGCCAACUGAGUCCCCUCAUGCUAGGGAAACAGCUUGAUGGGAUAUGGCACACUGCUAUUGUGGUCCAUGGGAAGGAGUUCUUCUUUGUAGGAGAAGGCGUCAACAGUUGUUCACCUAGCGGCACCCCUUUGGGUGAGCCUGACUCCAUAGUGGACCUGGGCUCCACUGAGGUGCCUGCAGAGAUCUUUAUGGAGUACCUGACUUCACUGGCAGAGUCCACAUACGGACGUGACAAGUACAACCUGUUUGAGCACAACUGCAACUCUUUCAGCAACGAGGUGGCUCAGUUCCUCACGGGCAAGAAGAUCCCAUCGUACAUCACAGACCUUCCAUCUGAAGUACUAGCCACGCCUUUUGGCCAGGCUCUCCGUCCCUUACUGGAUUCCAUCGUCAUAAGUCCUGGAGGCAACAACAUAACUGGACAGCGAUAGACCGAGCUGUGUACAAGAAAAUAAUUUAAGGGUUGGGGCGAGAGUGGGACACUCACCCUCACCAGCCAGACCCUGAUAACAUCUGUACCUGUGGUUGACAGGUUGAUCUUUGCUAUAAGUCACUUUUCUAGCUAACCAGCCAUCAUUUGGAUGGUCUUCUCUAUUCAGUUACAGGGUUUAAGGUGUGCCAGCCACUGGGGGACAGGGGACUAAAAAGAGUAGAUUUCUACUCUGGAUGUGAUAAAUCAGAUGCAGCUACGCAUUUGUGUGUUCAUAAAGAAAGAGUACUUUACCUGGUUUAACCAAAUCAUUAUAAAUAUAUAUAUAUAUAUAUUAUAUAUCCUCCAGAUUUUUAUUUUAGAGGCUGAAUUCAUCCUUUCCUGCACUGGUUUUAAAUAUACACCUUCAUCCUAAUGUGCUUCUUAAUGACGGCCUAUUAGGAUGUGUGUUACGAUUAGAUAACCAGAACAGAAAUUGACUGACAUGUACAGAAUCAGAUAUGAGAAGAAUGUGUGUCAUCUUAGCUGUUUAAAAUGUUAACCUGUUAAAAAAAGGACAACCUUUCUAGUUUUCUCAGUAUAUUAACUUAUAAAUCCAUCAAAGCCUGACUAAUCCUAUCAUUCCUUAGCCUUAUCGUGCUCUUACCAAACAUCAGCCUUGUCUUUCACCCUUUUUUCAAUAUAUCAGUGUCUGAGAGUGGAGUUUAAUGCCUCUAAUAAGAUGCCCCGUAUCCCCUCGUCACUUCACCUCCUUGUGGCCAUUCACACAGGCUUAAUAUGAUUUUGUUUGCCAUGUACAUCUGGACUUCUGAGUUUAGAUCACAUCACUACAUCAGGGAUGCUGUUCAUUAGGGCUGCUCGAUAUCGUUAAAAGAAAAACCUAUACCAAAAUUCAAAUUCAAAAUUCAUCUUUAUCAGAAACUGUAGCUUCUGCACUUGGCCAUAUUGCGAUUUGGAUUAUAUUUCGAUCAGUUGUGUAGCCCUACUGUUCAUCACAAUUUAUCACAAAUCUUCCGAUAUUUAGGAAAAGAUUAUACUUUAUUUAGCUUUUUUUCACGUGUGUUAAUGGGUCUUAUAAUAUCUCUAGGGCUAUGCAUACUUUAAGAGCUAUUUUUCUCCAUCUGGAGCUGUAUCAAAAUACACAUAGUUGAAUAUUAUCCUAAUCAUUCUUCUUUUUAACAUAUUUUUUGUGUCAUUAAUAUGAAAGGACUGCACUCCAAGGGCAAGGCCAGAGUACGUGAAAGUUAAAAGGAAGAAAACCACUCUUAAUUACACAGUUGUGCUGGCCUUUCUUUGUUUUCAGUGUUUUAAAUCUAAAGGGUUAUCUUUAGUGUACGUGUGUGUAGAUGCUUGCUUCACUCAGGAACAUCUAAUGACCACAGAGCAUAGGAUUGUGUUAUUUAAAUACAGGACCAAUCGUGUACAUUGUUCAGUUUCUUCACUUGCCAAGACUUUCAGUACUGAAGUUUUCUAUAGUUUGUAUUUACUUGACUAAGCCUGGCACAGUACAUUUUAAAUACAGCGUGUUAUGCCAACAGCCACUUAACCUGCAUUACUGCAGGGCCAUUAGUGCUUCCUUAAGAAAAAAAUAUAUAUUGUUGAUGCCAUCAGUGUUUAUUCUAGUAUCAAGACAGUUACCUUCCUGAAAAGGUUCCUUGAAAUUAUUAAUUGUUAUUUUGUUUAACCUAUUGCUAUUAAGCCUACUUUAUCAUGCUUAAAGGACGUCUGCAGGUAGUUUAACAGUGAAUUGAAUUGUGUAAAAACGAAUUUGAUAUAUAAGCAGAAAGCCUCUAAAGUCACUGAUAAUUUGCUUAUAUUUGGAUUUUAAGUUUUUAUUUAAAUAUUUAAUCUGAUUUCAUUUAAAUUAAGUAAACCUGUUGGGUAAAGGUUCUAGAUAAACUAAACUAAACUUUUUAACAACCUGUCACACUAACCUGUGGAGAGAAAUCAAUAGAAACCUUUAUCAUUAUUUAUACAAACAUUGUAAACUUAUUAAUAAAAAGGGCUUAUCAGUACUAAAUUACUUUGAAACCCUGCACUUUGUUAAAUGUGUGACACCUAACUGAAGUUGUGACAAUAAAAUAUCCUUUAUUUCUUAAAA